AUGAAGUUUGCUGAAGCUUUAAGUGAUGGAUUGGUUGCAGAAUGGCAAGACCAAUAUGUUGAUUACAAAAGUGGGAAGAAGUUGAUAAAGAAGAUUCGCAAGCUCAAGGACGAAAUACCGUUGUUGGACUCCAAUGAUUUGGAAAGACGCGAUGAAUCGUAUGGUGAUGAUGCACCUCCCAUUUCAGGAGCAAAUAGCCGUAAUGAGAAUCGAAGGACAUCAGUAUUUAAUUAUUCACUCAAGUCUAGCAAGACAGACUACUUUACUGAGCGGAGAAAGUUUCAACUUUGGCUCGAUGAGCAGUUGUUGAAAGUGGAUGAGUUUUAUUCAGAAAAAGAGCAAGAUGUGUACGAGCGGUUUUUGUUAUUGGAAGAUCAAUUGUACCAAAUGAGAGAUCAAAAGAACCAGAUACAGCGACAACGAAGACAGCACAACGGAAUUGCACAUGGUGUUGCCGCAAGUGGUGAACGGGUUAUACCUCAUCGUGUCAAUGAUUUAGCAUUCCACACAAAAUUUUUCAUUAGUGAGUUGAGUAGAUGGGAUUUACCCUCACUUCCGUCAAUGGCGUUUUUGAAAAAAUUGAAAGGAAGAAAGAAAGCGAAAUAUGAGGAUGACAUUUCGUUACAUGUGCAAGAUUCGGUUGAUUUGAACUAUGCUGAAAAUCGAGUUAGAAACGGGGUUGUUGAAUUGAGUGACCAUACUACAGACCAAACUUCGUUGGAUUCCGAGUCAGAAAUUGAAGAAUACUCGCCAACGGGACCCCUGGGACCUGAAAUUCCACAGACUCAUGAUCAAAUACGACAAUCUCGAAGACGGGAUUACACACCCAAGAAACAACAUUUUGGUGUUCCUUACUUGUACGCAAAGAAGCAAUUGAAAGCAGCCCUUUUGGAACAUUAUCGAGCGUUGUCAAUUUUAAGGUCAUAUAGAACCAUGAAUCGGACUGCCUUUAGAAAGAUCACCAAAAAAUAUGACAAGGCAAUGCACACAAACAUCAUGGAACCAUUUAUGGAGAGGAUAAACACGUCAUCUUACUUUUUAACCAGUGAUUUAGUCGACAAGAUCAUCAAUCAAGUCGAUGAGCUCUAUAUUGCAUUCUUUGAUCCCGAGUCAAAAGAUCGCAAACAAUCUUUGGAAAAGUUGAAAACGAUUGCAUACACGUUCAACUCGACCGAUUUGAAGCAACCCCUGUACUAUACUGAGUUUUUCAGUUCAGGUUUAUUCAUUGGAUUUGGAAUUCCGUUGUUUGUAUUGGCAUUGUAUACAGCGUUGCACAAGACAAUCACGGGGGAACUUCCAGAGGGGCGGUUUUUGCUACAAGUUUGGGGUGGGUUUUUACUACUCACUUUUGCGUUUCUUUUAUUUGGAAUCAAUAUGGCGGUGUUUGACAAGUUUAGAAUCAACUACAAAUUCAUUUUCGAGUUUGAUAUAGCUUCAGCUUUGAACUAUAAGCAAUUUUGGUUACUCCCAUCAUUUGCAUUUGCGUUUUUGUCGUUAUUGGGGUGGUUCAGUUUCAACAACUUUUGGCCCCAUCAAUUCCCCGGUCGUGAUUGGCCAUGGAUAUUUUUCGGCGUUAUGUUGGUGUUAUUCCUUUGGCCAACAAAUGCAUUGUACGGCUCAAGUCGAAGAUGGUUACAAUUUGCAUUAUGGAGGUUGCUCUUGUCUGGUCUUUAUCCUGUUGAAUUUAGAGAUUUCUUUUUGGGUGAUAUUGUGUGUUCGUUGACAUACACCAUGGGUAAUCUACCAUUCUUUUUCUGCCUAUUUUCUCAUCAUUGGAAAGGAACAUUGAGUGGUCAACCUGCUAGUGCAAAUACAUGCACAUCGUCGAGGUCGAGACUAAUGGGUUUCUUUAGUUCUUUGCCCAGUGUGUGGCGGUUGUUACAAUGUAUACGUCGUUAUAUGGACACUGGGGACUGGUUCCCUCAUUUGGCAAAUAUGUUAAAGUAUGCAGUAUCCACUGUAUACUAUAUGACGUUGAGUAUUUAUCGUAUUGAUAAUAGAGAGAGGAACCGGGUGGUAUUCAUUGUGUUUGCAAUAAUCAAUUCAAUUUACACGUCAAUAUGGGAUAUUGUUAUGGAUUGGUCAUUGUUACAAACUGGCUCCAAACAUUUCUUAUUGAGGGAUUAUUUAUUUUACAAGAAGCCGUAUUAUUAUUACACAGCUAUGGUUCUCGAUGUGAUUUUGCGGUUCCAAUGGAUUUUUUAUGCAUUCUUUACUCAUCAAAUUCAGCAAAGUGCAGUCACUUCAUUUUGCGUGGCUUUAGCUGAGAUUUUACGUCGAUUUAUUUGGAUUUUUUUCAGAAUGGAAAAUGAACAUUGCACUAAUGUGAUUUUGUUUAGAGCUUCAAAGGAUACUCCAUUGCCUUAUGCUGUAUCAGCGAAAGUUGAGCGCGCGGUGAAAAAAUUGGUUGAAUCGAGAUAUGAUGAUAGGAAAACGUCUGAUGAGGAUAACAUUGCUGAAGAAAAUAUUGGGUUCACAACUGGUCGUGCAGGAUCUAGAGGUGAUGAUGGAAGUAGAGGUUCAGUUGAUCUUACAAGGUUACUGACGAGACAAUCGACGCCUCAGUUGCAGCAACGCAAAACCUACUUUAAGCAAAUAACUGAUCGUUUGAACACGGCACAUAUAAAGGAUUUUCAAAGGCGAAAGACCACCACACGCUUGGAUGAGGAUACUGAUGACGAUGAAGAUGACGAUGAUGCAAGUUUGGCGGGCAAGUCGACUAGAGCUUCUCACGUACCGUCAAUCAGGGAAGAGUAA